AUGUCACGACGACCGCCGAGAGGAGAGUACAUUGAAACUGACACGGGGAACAAGGUGGCGCGCAAGGCCACGCUCGUCGGCACCCAAAACAUAAUGCUUGGCGGCAAGACCGUCAUUCAGCCCGAAGUCAUGAUCCGCGGCGACCUUAUCCGGUCCAUUCAGUCCUCGUCCUCAUCCGCAAGCGGCGCGGCGCCUAACAACACGGCCGUGUCCAUCGGCCGCUACUGCUUUCUCAGCCGGGGCUGUUGUCUCCGUCCGCCAGGGAGGCUGUACAAAGGCGCAUUCACAUACAUGCCUCUGCGAAUGGGCGAUCACGUCUUUGUUGGCCCGGGCUCCGUCGUGCAGGCCGCCUCAAUCGGGAGCCACGUACAUAUUGGCGCGAGGGUUGCAGUGGGCGAAUUCGCAAUUAUCAAGGACUACGUGCGUGUCCUGGACGGCACCGUCAUUCCCCCUAACAUGGUGAUACCGAGCUUUAGCAUCGUUGCGGGCCAGCCAGCGCGACUCAUUGGGGAAGUGCCCGAAGGAGGUCACGAGGCGUUCGAACUGCGCGAUCUCUACAAGACGGUGGGGAAUAACCCGCAGCCAGCACCUUCUUGA